GCGGAUCGGUGAUGUCAUUGCAAACUUCACCACCCGCUCCCCCAUCCACAGGCGGCGGGUUCAGCUCGUUUUUUUUUGUGCCGUUCUGCCGAAGAUUACAGCGCCCUGGACUGGAGUCGGACGGAUUUUAGGAAUACCGAGAGUACUGCUUUGAUAAACUUCUCUCUUUUUGUGGAUAGAUUGGCGACUCCCCUUAUUUUUGGUGUCGGAGAGGGCGACGGGCGACCCAGAGACAGUGAAAAGGGAGUGAAAAUGAAUCGGAGUUUUAAUAAAUCGCAGUCCUUGCGGUACUUGGACUGUAAUGCGGUUGAAGUUAAGAGCAAGUAUGGGGCAGAAUUCCGGAGGUUUUCCGUGGACCGGCAGAAGCCGGGGAAGUUUGACGAGUUUUACAAGCUCAUCCUGCACAUCCAUCGGAUCGCCAGCAUGGAGGUGAUGAUCGGGUAUGCCGACGUGCACGGAGACCUCCUGCCCAUCAACAACGACGACAACUUCUGCAAGGCUGUGACGUCCGCUCACCCCCUGCUCCGGAUCUUCAUCCAGAGACAAGAGGAGGUCGACUAUAGCAACUUCGGCACCAACACAAUGACGCGGCGGAAGAAGGCCGUGGUGACGCUACGAAACGACGUCAACCGCAAGCGGCCGCAGAUACGCAUCGGGAUGCCGCAGGACUUCCGGCCUGUGUCCUCCAUCAUCGACGUGGACAUCCUGCCUGAGUCCCACCGCCGUGUGCGUCUGUACCGCCACGGCUCCGAUAGGCCGCUGGGCUUCUACAUCCGCGACGGCACCAGCGUCCGGGUCACGCCGCACGGCCUGGAGAAGGUUCCGGGCAUCUUCAUCUCUCGCAUGGUUCCCGGGGGCCUGGCUGAAAGCACGGGCCUGCUGGCCGUCAACGACGAGGUGUUGGAAGUCAACGGCAUAGAGGUGACGGGCAAGACGCUGGACCAGGUGACGGACAUGAUGAUCGCCAACAGCCACAAUCUGAUCGUCACGGUGAAGCCGGUGAACCAGCGCAACAACGUAGUGCGCAGCAGCCGCAGCUCGGGCCAGUCCACGGACAGUAGUGGCUCAGCCGGCUACCCGGCGCCACCUCCUGGCUCCUUGGGGGCGCACGGGCUGGCCGGCGACGAGCUAGAGAGUGACGAGGAGUCUGACAUCGUCAUCGAGAGCAGCAUCAAGCGCCCGUCGCGGCGCUCCAACGCCUCGGCCACCUCCCGCUCGCAGGCCGUGCAGCCGGCCCCCGCCACCGCCUCGCCCAGCACCCCCAAACGCCCCCCCUCGCUCAUCUCCACGGCCUCCUUCCACUCUCAACCCAGCCUCAAUGGUGUGCCGCACGCUAGCCCUUCCUUCAGGCUGCAAAGGGACCAUGGCAGUAGCCCCGCCUUCCGGGAGAGCAACGGGAGCCUGCACAAAAUCCUGAGCGCCAUGCGCAUAGACCCCCGGCACAGCCUGGCACUGCCCCCCGGUGGCGUUGAGGAGGACGGCACAGUUAUCACUCUAUAAUGCUGGGCCCAACCCGCCCGGUCCAGGUCCAGGUCCGGGUGCACAGACUGACCUGCAAGGCCCGGAGUGGAACUGCGCACACCCCCACAGGCCUUCCAGCCCCUCUGAUAGCCUAACCACCUAUCCCCCCCCCCCAACAUGAUGCUGGAACUGUGUAGACUUCCGCCUUCCUUCAGUUUGAUUUGCAUUGUUUUUUUGUUUUGUUUUUGUGUUUUGAUAGGAACCUUAACUGUUAAAUGAGGAACGCCUUUUAAUUUCCAAUUAACACGGAUGCAUCUUGCUCUUUUUUCUAGCUCCAAAUGGUAGCUGUAUCUCAGUUUCCUCUCUGUAAUUGGUUUUCGGGACCAACAAUACGGUUAUGUAAAGCUUUAAUUUUUUUUAACCAUUUUAACGAUCCAAGAACCUAUCGUGACUCUAGCAAGCCUUCCCUUCCAGGGAUCCUUAUUUUCAGCACAGUAGUUGUUUUAAUGCAGGAACACAGCCUCUUAUGUUAUCAUAAAUUUGUCUUUCCGUUGGUUGCAAUGAAUCAGCCACGCUGUCGUCGGCAGGCUACACUAAUGAAUUCAACCAACUUUUCACAUAGAUGGAAGGCUGUCCUUUUUCACAAGCGCCUGUCACAUUACUGUGCACUGGCCCUUUAAGAGUGCAGCCAUCCUUUACUGCUUUCAGUAGCUGUCUGCACUGAGGGACAAAUAGGUGCCAUUGAGUCCAUUACCUGCCUUAUCUUAUAUCCUGGAAGUAAACACAUUACCACUGUGGGUUAGCACAAUGGGCUUGUUUGUGUUGCAUUUUUCAGCGUUCUCGCAGCAUAGUCUGGUGUCUUAUCUGCUACCAUGAAAAAUGCAUUUAGGAGGUGUAAGGUACAUUUUAAACAGCUCCUUAAGCAACUGAUGGAAAGGGAUGCAUUUCUAAGAAGCAUAAAUGUUAUUUCCACGUGGACACAGAAGCUGGCCGCACGGACAGCAGGAAUGCAGAGUGACUGAUGCAGCGCAUUAACUCCAGUGUAAAGAAAGGCGGGGCUCCCCGAACCCUUAACUGUUUAAUUACGUUUAUCUCACACCUGCACUUGAGAUCCCAGAGCUGCCUUUCUACCAAGAUUCCCUCUUUGAUAAUUCCCAGUCUAGAAGUGUAAUCCGAAACACUGGAGGGCCUCUGUGUGUCCUCACUAAUCCGAUUGGGGGUGGGUUUUUUUCUCUAGGUGAAGUUUGGAACUCACUUUUCAAAAACAGUGUAGUUUUAUUUGGUAUGCCAAUGUAGACGAUCAUGUCACAUAUGUGUUGACUGGUCACACUGUUGUGUGAGGGUCCACAGUCUGUUGUCCACAUGUAAAAUUUAAGUUCAUGUAGAUCUGUUAGUGAAUACUGUGGUUUAGCUGAUCUUAUUAAAGUCAAAUGAAGAAGGUACAUUUUUAACAACUAUUGCUGUAAUGUACUGUUUUUAUAGCUCAUUCUUUUUUAGUAUUCCCCAAUUGUGUGAAUUUGAAUUGUCCUUUUUUGUUCAACGAAAUAUAGAUUUGUUUUUAUUUGCUUUUACUUUUUUGUUUUUAUUUGAAUUCUCAGACAAGGCUGAUAAAUUUCCUGUUUUUACAGUUGUAUGUGAACUGAGCAGUCAUCACCCCCCCGCCCUCCCCCCCCUUCAGCCCCGUGGAUGUCAUUUUCUUUUAGACAACACCACCUGCUGGUACGAUGCGGUAAUUAUAUUCAAAUUCAGCCUCUGCUCGUGAGGAAUUUUAUGCUACUUUUAAUUUAUUAUGAAAAUCUCUGAUUUUGCGGGAAUGCUAUUGUUCUUGUCUAUUACUGCAUGCAUGCAAUUCCAAGUGAUCGACACAGGGAGUGACCUACAUAAACAGUUGAAUUUAGUACGAUCAUGUUUGGAAAGGUUUCAUCUGAUAGAUGUACUGACCAGAAAAAAAAGAUCAUGAACACUAGCUGCAAUAUUUCUCUUAAAAGCACAUGUAAUAAGAGAUAAUGGCCUGCAUACUUCAUGUAGCAGGUGGUUCAAAUAUGCUUCAAUCUGGCUAACCAGAGUGGGAGCCCAAACCAACGUGGGUGUAGAUUUCCUUCCCACAUACACCGCGCUUAUCAAAUGACAUUUUCAGGUACCGUAAUAGGCUAAUUGAAAUUCAUUCCAAAAUGUUCAGUCUGACAGACGUACUAGCUGAAAUAGAGAGAGGGUGGUUUGAUUAACUCUGCAGGAGCACUGCAUAGCUGAUCAAACUGCAUAACUGGCUUUUUAAAAAGAAAAUUUUAGCACGUGUCUCACAUUUGACUGUAUGUAUAAAGAGAUUUUUUGCACAAGUGUAAAAUUCUUUAUGUCCAACUCUCUUGAGUGUUUAUUCCACUUGAGUUUACCAGUGUGUCAAAGUGCUUCUCCAGUACCCUUGUUGCAUUGAUAAAUCCACGGUAAACAUCACUUGAAACUCAUUCCUCAGAUUAUACAGUAAAUUUUAAUUGUGUAUGUGAAUAUUAUUACUGUUGUUUUUCUUACUAUGUAUUAAACUUUUUUGUAUUUUUAAAAGAUGACUUAAAAUAAAGAAAUUAAAAGAU